GUUGUCUGCCAGCUAUAUCGAUCAAGGUUUUCCCAUAACGUACACGAUGAGUGUUUCCAUCGAUGUGAUGCUUCAUUUUGUUGUCCGACUCAGGCAUGGCUGCUAUCUAUAAGCACUGGAUUCAGCCUGCAUUCCUCGUCCGCGACGUACCCGAAGGGUCGUCUCUUCCGCUUGAAACCUGCCCUAAUCUUCUACGGGGUUUGACGAUGCAAAACUUUAGCCCAAACUCGCGAAAGCGAUACAAGGAUCUGUAUCAGUAUGCGCGGAAACACCGUCGGAGAGAAUCAGCCCUAUAUCCGUUGCUCGACCGAAUUUUUCACCAGCUUUGCGAGCAAACUCCCGCUCGGGCUGAUGGAUACCUCGUUAGCUGUCAUCCUCAGAGUACCGUCGCUGCUAAGGCUACGGAUGAUGUGGGCAUGAAUGAAGAACGCCGCGUUAUCCCAGACUUCCUCCUUGUCCUUACUAAAGCUGAUGAAGAUGAGGAUAAAGGCGAUGAUGAGGGCGAGGAUGAAGGCGAAGAGGAAGGCGAAGAGGAAGAGGAAGAUGAAGAUGAGAAACCUAUCAACAUCCGCGAACAAGUCGGCUUUUUGGUGGAAGUAAAAAGGCUCUGGAAUCAGCAAAAUCCCAAAAAGUCGGGCUGGGACGAGACGAUCUCGAAGAAGGCAUCGGAUGAAGCUCUCGACGCAAUGCCACAGCUCAAGGCUCAAGCCUGGCGUAUCCAUCGACAGGAUCCCACCAUAGGCGUCCUCCACGCUUUUCUCAUUGUCGGCCCAUUUUUCAGUUUACUGGAAUACGAGCUUGUGGGCUGUCCUACCGAAGACGAUCUCAAAGCACCCGCAGUAAUCGCUUGGAACUUGCCAAUGCUCACUGACAAGUACAAGUCCUUCGAUAGACCCUUCGUUGAAGCUAUUAACAUAGUGAUGGGUCAUCUAGACCUUGAGAUAACGGACCCGGCGUUCGACUUGAUAAAUUUUCCCAAAGUAUCUUCUGCGAAGCGUGCAUUAGAAGAGAGUGUCAAUACAGACAUUAAACUCGAAGUCGACAAGAAGCACAAAGAUACCCUGCAUCUCAAAGAAGAAACCGACGAUGUCAUGGCGGAAUCUCCUACAUCCGACAAGCCUAAUCCCAAGUCUAAGGAAAGUUCGGCGUACAGAUCUGGUCGCUCGACUCAAAAUCUUCCCGGUUUGGCCAUGACGACUCGAUCCAAAUCUCGUUCCAGUCAAGCACACUCGUCACAAGCAGACGCUCCGGAAGCUGAUAGCUCCGGCCUCUCGGAGAUGGACGUCGAGCAGCCUGACAGCGCUGACGGCCCAGCCGGUGACUCGAUGGACUCGGAGGACGCCCCGGAUCAGUCCAUUUCCUCAGCAAAGGGCCGCCGACAACAGCCUAGUAGGAAGAGCUCCACGAGGCACGGAACAAGUCCCCCUCCGCGGCGGUCUCGUCAGCACUCCCAGGACGCUUCUAAUGCCGCGGGAAGCACGGGUAGCAAACGUGCUCGAGGUAACUCUGAAGUCGAAGACCACACGUCCAAGCGCAGAAGUGAAGGUCGGCGGGGACGUGGCGGACGUUGAUUGUGCUGGUUCUGGAAUUAGUAAAGCAACUGCGUACUUUGACCACAUUUGAGCUGAUCAUGUUUCUUGAAAUAUUUGGUUAUGUGGAGUGGAUGCUUGUGAAAUGAAAAGCGACUCCAACUCAC